UUUUUUGGAGCCUCUAUGGCACCCUCGCAGGCUUUAGGAAUAUCAUACCAGCCACGACCGUCGCGCGGCUAUUUAUGUUUUCCGAUCCUGAGAUUGUAUAAAAUCCCCUGUAUCAGUCGCCCUUCUUCUCACUGCCCAUCUCUUCCGCAAUGAGCUCAGACAUUAUCACUCCUCAAUUGGACCCCAAGUUCUACACACUGGCAGAAAACGAAGCUGCGUUCUUUAAAGCUCAAACUGGAAUCGAGGAUGAAGCCACCCUUAAGAACCACAUCUUCACAAUCCAGGAGGAAGCGUACAAGGUGCACCCUUAUCCGUGCAUUCGCCGUUUCGCCUUUGCAAAGUUGAAGAUUUCGAGGCAACCGUGCUAUCAACAGCUCUUGAACCUCGGAAAAGAUCGCAAGGGAGCGGUCUAUGCCGACAUUGGAUGUUGCUUUGGAAAUGACCCCAGAAAGGCAGUCGCAGAUGGCUUUCCCGUAGAGCAAGUCAUAGCCUCCGAUUUACACCCUGAGUUUUGGGAACUCGGACAUAGGCUCUUCAAGAGCACGGCCGAAACUUUCCCUGCACGCUUCAUCCCUGCAGACAUCUUUCAGUUAAAAGGCCUUACUAAGGAAGACGCCCCUUCCUCCAUCCCGGAACUUUUCCAAGUACAGUCUCUAGCUGAGCUGCGAGGAAACAUUUCCGCCAUUCAUACAUCGUCAUUCUUCCAUCUCUUUGAUGAAGAAGGACAGUUCGAAAUAGCAAAGAUCAUGGCGGCGCUACUGUCAUCUGAGCCCGGGUCCAUGAUAUUUGGAUUACACGGUGGUCGGCAGGAGAAAGGUUUGCGCACCGAAGUCGGCCUCAAUAGUGGCCGUCGAAGCCCCAUGUUUUGCCACUCACCUGAGAGUUGGAAAUCGCUCUGGGAUGGCGAAAUAUACCCCAAGGGUACUGUUCGUGUUGAUGCUUUCUUGCAUGAACAUGACCAUCCUGAAAUGAUCGAUUCUGGCGCCAAAUCAUACCUCCUCGUUUGGUGCAUAACGGUUUUUGUGAACCAGAUCCGCUGGAUUUGUAUAAUACUGUACUAGCCAAAAGGAAAUUCGAUCUUAUGAA